UGUUUCAGUUUCAUUCUAUCCGUCAGCCGGCUAAGUUCAGAGUUCUUUUGCCUGUUUUUCGUUGCCUGCUUUCUAAAGCCACAAAGAAUUUCUCCGAUCGGAUUACUGUCCAUUGUUGUGUGCGUGCAAGGAAAAGUGAAAUAAAUGAACCUAACAAAAGAGAAGUUCAAUGUAUGGCUUCCCCGGCUGUUGCUGACCUUCGCCAUAAUUGUCACCGGCUGCAGUGCCUCAUUCAUUAAUCCAUACCGCCGUAUUUUGAACCGAGGUAGAUUCUCUCAAGGACUUCGAUCCGGUGGCGAUAAUGGUGAACCUUUAAUGCUUACGCCUUUGCUGGAAGCAGGAAAGAUAAAGGAAGCUCAAGCGGCAGCCCGAGUAAACCACAGCCGCAUCGUUGGUUUUGAAAGUUACACUGGAUUUUUCACUGUGGACAAGCGGUUCAAUUCGAGUAUGUUCUUCUGGUAUUUUCCCGUAGAGAAUACUUCGAUCGCAACGCCACCAGUCUUGCUAUGGCUACAAGGUGGUCCCGGAGCAUCAUCUUUCUUUGGACUGUUUGAGGAGAACGGACCCUUUUACAUUUCAAAAAGUUUAAAAGCACUACCUCGCGAAUUUUCCUGGCACAAAACUCACCAUAUGAUCUACAUUGAUAAUCCAGUUGGAACUGGAUUCAGCUGCACUGAUAAUGGUUAUUCUCGAAAUGAGACUCACGUCGGGGAGAAUUUAUAUCAGGCUUUGAUACAGUUCUUUCAAAUGUUUCCGGACCUGCAGAAGAACCCCUUCUACGUAAGCGGCGAAUCCUAUGCGGGGAAAUAUGUUCCAGCGGUAGGGUAUACAAUCCACAAGAAGAAUCCAUCUGCCAAGAUCAAAAUAAAUCUGAAAGGAUUGGCUAUCGGAAAUGGAUAUAGUGACCCGUUGAAUCAACUGAACUAUGGCGACUAUCUGUAUCAGAUCGGAUUGAUUGAUAUAAACGCGAAGGGGCGGUUCGACGAAGACGAGUCGGCGGUGAUUGAAUGUGUAAAUCAGAACAAUUACACGUGUGCCUUCAAAAUUAUGGAUGAUCUGAUGGACGGUGAUGUAGAUCAUGCGUCAUUUUUUAGGAAUAUUUCGGGAUUUGAAACAUACUACAAUUACCUACAAACCGCGGAAGAUCCAAAAGAUGAACUCUAUCUGUUGGGUUUCUUAGAGUUACCAGAGACACGUAAGGCAAUUCACGUAGGAGAUUUACCAUUCCACGAUUUGGACAGUGAUAAUAAGGUUGAAAAGAAUCUAGAAAAUGAUAUCCUCGAUUCGGUAGCACCGUGGAUCGUCGAACUACUCUCUCACUACAGGAUGCUGAUCUACAAUGGACAACUGGACAUCAUCUGUGCCUAUCCGAUGGUGGUAAACUAUCUGAAAAAAUUACCCUUCGAUGGGGCAGACGAGUACAAAGCGGCGGCUCGCUAUAAAUUCGGAGUGGACGGCGAAAUUGCAGGUUACUAUAAGUUAGUGAAGAAUCUACUGGAAGUGCUGAUCCGAGACGCUGGCCACAUGGUCCCAAGAGAUCAAGCCAAGUGGGCUUAUGUUAUGAUAAACACAUUUACAUCUAGUAACUCAUUUUUCCAAGUUAAUUGAAUAAAGAAGAUAUGACAAAGCA